AUGCGGUCUCUGCUCGCGGUGAUACUGCCUCUAGGAUGGCCGCUCCUGGUGGCAUCCUCCUCGCCUGAACCGUGUGCACUCGUUACCGAGAUAUCCGAAGAGAGUGGGAGUUCCAUCGUUAAAGUCCCCGCUCAAUUGGCCCACGAAUGUCUUCUGUCCAUACCCUUUCGCUCAGAUCUUGCCAGCGAGUUUAUUCAGGAGAUCACCAAACACAUCCAAUGGCACUCCACGGUCGACGCCCUCAAGGAUCCCCCGGCUACGUAUACUUCAUCGGCUACCGACAUUCUGGGUGGUCUGGAGAAGAUUGGUCGGACGAACUAUGCGAGCCAUUACGAGUUUGAUGUUGCCAUUUCCAACCUCCUCAGCAGCGCCAACGAUGGUCACCUAGCGAUAUUCCCUUGCACGCUUUCAAUAUUCGACUUUUGUCUGGAAGGCGCGGGGUUAGUAUCUGUCUCAACGGACGGUAUCCAAGCACCUGAAGUGUACACUCUUUCGGACUCUAUGCUUCUCAAUAGCACCGUCGUUCAGGUCUCUCCUGUCGUGUCGAUCAAUGGCAAGCAAGUCAACGCGUACCUCGAGGAGAUUGCAAGUCCCAUGAAAAGUCGAGAUCCUGAUGCUCGGUAUAAUCGAGUCUUUUACUCUCUCCCCAGCCUAGCAACAGGCAACAACUCACCAACCGGAGCCUUUAUCGACAGGGACGGCGUGUAUCCCGGCACCGACGUCACCACGAUCGAGUUCCGGAACGGGUCAAGUAUUACACUAAAUACUCUUGCAAUUCUCAAAAAGUCAUAUUUUUCUGCAAGGGAUGGCAGUGAUGUUUUUGAUGAUUGCUGCCUCAACAAGCAGCAAUAUCCAUCUUUGAAGCACAGAUCCGCGAAUGCUGGCGAGUUAAAGCCCUACAUACAACCUCCGAAGCAGUCGGGGCCUUCUGGAUAUCCUGAACCUCUGGUCCGUGAUCCUUACAGUCAGAUCAACGGCUACGCCCUGGAUGACGAUACGACAGUGAUGCUCAUCACCACUUUCACAACCGCUGGGGGUGGCCUGCCUGGCAACCAAACGCGGGUGUUUGCCGAGGCCGCAAGCGAGAUCGUCUCAAAUGCUUUGGCCAAAGGACACACCAAACUCAUCAUCGAUGUAUCUGGAAAUUCAGGCGGGCAGAUAGACAGAGCUUUUGACCUAUUUAAACUUUUCUUUCCAUCGAAGCAACCUUAUUCGGCCACCCGAUUUCGACGACACGAGGCAUCUGAGGGCAUAGUGAAGAUAUUUGGGGCCAUCAGCAAGGACGCUGCUCAGAUGAAUGCCCCCUUGGCCUACGCUGGACAAGUCACACCAGACCAAGAGGUCGGGUUCGAAUCUGUGGAAGAGUUUCUCGGUGACGACAUAGAGCUGGGAGGCAAUGUUAGUUCGCUUUACGCCAACUACAACUAUACGUCCAAUUCGAUCAAAGCCAUUCCGAUACGAGGAUAUGGAGGUCAACCCAUCAACAUGACGCAGCCUUUCAAAGCAGAGAAUAUCAUCAUCAUUGGCGACGGUGUUUGUGCCUCGACUUGCACCACCUUUGUCAACUUGAUGACGAAUGUUGGCGGUGUCCGCACCGUGUCCUUCGGUGGACGUCCAAACGGGAAGCCGAUGCAACUCAUGGGAGGUGUUCGUGGCGCAGAGUCCCAGUCUUUUUCAGGUCUCGCCCAAUGGACGAGCAAAGUGUUGGAGUUGCUAGGCCAGUCGGUGAGGCCUGAUGGGAGCACUAAUUUCUUAUCAAAGGAGGAGAUCAAAAGAUUGAAAGAGGUGCUCCCGCAAGAUCCUGGUCAAUUCCCCAUCUCUAUCAAUGGAGGAAACGUCAACUUCCGCAACGCAUACCAGGAGGGGGAAGACGACUUACCCCUCCAGUUUCAAUACCAGGCUAGUGAUUGCCGCCUCUACUACACCGUGGAAAACGUCUACCGCCCGCAUACGAUCUGGAAGGCAGCCAAGGAGGCUAUCUGGGGAGCUGGGACUUGCGUCGUAGGGUCUACAGGCGGUGUUGGUUCUCUUGAGUACAAGAGUAAGGGAAACGAGACGGGGGUUUACAAGAGCGAGGAGACGGGCGGAGGGGUAGAGAACAAAACAGAGGAGGAUGAAGGCAUAACAAAUGCAGCGACCGGCGUCAAGACUGACUGGGCUGGACUGAUGCUUCCAGUUGCCAUCAUGGCAGUACUUCAAUAA